UUCAUCGUCGACGUUCCGCCAGUUCGUGAUUGUUUAUCAUCACGAUCAAUCGGUUUAACGAGUGGGGUGAAAUGGGGGAUGAAAAAUAUUGUGUUAUUCGCCUCUGGAAUAUGUGCCAGCGAUAAUUUUCGCUUUCCUCAGUUGACGGCUUCGGUCGACCGAAUAAAAAUUGUGAUGACGACGAAAUAAUUGAAAUUCGAGUGGAUAAAAUCGUUUUAUUUCCAGUGAAUUGUGCAGUUCAGUGACGAAACUGUGAUUUUAUCGUCGAUUUCCCUGAAGAUCCGGUUCACCCCUCGUUGAACCGCAGGCCAUCGGGUGAUAAUCCAGUGAAAAGAAAAGCUGAAAAUUCAUUUAAAUAUCCGGACGAGACGAAAGAGAUCGCGAUGUUGAUGUACAAUCGUGUUUUCCUUAUUUCCACUUGGAGAGAGUGACAUUUGCAUUUACCCCAGAAUGCCGUCUCCCUCAGCAGCAGAAAAUCUUGUUACUCACAUUCGCGAUUCCUAUACCCAACGUCUCACUUCCCUCCACCUCAUCCUCAUAUCAGACCCAUACCAAGUCGGUUGAUUUCUUUAACAUUGAGAAUCCUGGGAAAACCAUGAAAGCUUUAUGAUCCCAACACAAAUGCCAGGAUUUUCCAUUUGCAUUGAGCCAAAGUGCAGGAGGAUAGAAUGCACCAGACGAGAGCCAAGUGUUUCCAAUAACUGGUGUUUUAUCCUCUCGAAAGACUAGAGAAGAAGAAAACCUUGAAGAAGUUGUGCUCCACUUCCUUUCACCGAAGACGAGAGAAGUUUCUCAUUUUUCUACCGAGACGACCGCAUCAAACAGCCGGCUACCGCUGACUACCCCACGACCUGAGAGAACCUGGGGGACAAGACACGAUGAAAGAGAGGAUCAGAAGACUCUCGUAGGUCGUGUCCGGGCCCCUGACCCGUCCAACAAUGACUGAGGUCUCGUGACGCCCCGGGAUUGACCUGUUGACCAAUCAGACCACCCCACAUGCCCCGGAGGAACCCCCCAAGACCGCGAACCAGUCGUCCCUUACGACCGACUCCCACGGGGUGAUGAUCCUCGCUGAAGAAGAGGAUAAGUCGGGUGGGGGAGGAAUCGAUCCGCCGACGAGGGGUUGGAACACGACUGAAAUUGAAUGAUAAAGAGUCGACAAGUUACAGAUGUUGGACUAGGUAAAGGCUAACGGGGUCGAGGGUGAUGUAUCGUGGGUACGCGACUUGCCUCGAUGACCGGGUACCAACGAGCAUGAAGCAGACGUCGAGUGUGGGGAUCUUCGAUGUUGCUAUGGCACUAUUCGGUAUGGUUUGGCUACUGCGCGUUAGGUCUGAGAUGCGUCGGUGUUCGAAGUGUAAACGUGAUGAAAUUGUGACAAAUCAACAUCCGCAUCAUGAUCAUCAUCAUCGAGGACAACAACAGAAUCGUCCAGCUUCGAGUUUACUGCAGACACCGGAAGAUGGACUGACGAUGUCGUCGGCUAAUACACUUUUCACACUUGAUACACCGGGAACUACUGGACCGGCCGGAAGUUACUGCGAAGUUCAUGGCUAUGUUGCACCGAAAGAAGAUAUCCAAGAAUUCUACGAACUGACACUCCUCGACGAGUCGAAAUCGGUCCAGCAGAAGACAGCCGAGACGAUCAGGAUUGCGGACAAAUGGGAGGCAAGUGAUGGUCCAAUAACACCAACAUUCACCCAGAACGACGGUGGCCCAGCUUCCGCUUUCCCGCUGACCCAGACACUAUUGAACAUUUAUAGCCGCAGGUCAGCCAGCCCUGAUGUUCCUGGUGACCACAAUCAGAAAAUAUACUAUCCGAGGGACGCCACAAGGGGGGUAGAGGAUCAUCUUCCUCCCCCUCCAUCCCCACCGCUCUUGAAAGACGCUGUCCAGCUCGAUGGGGUCUCCAGACCCAAUUCCGUGGAGAGGGUUCUUCACACCGAUACGACCCAGAAUAUUCAGGAUAAGCACGAAAUUGUUAACAAGAGUCAUGACAGUUGGCAGGGGCAUGAUGGCGACCAGGCACAUACACCACUACUCGCUACGGACACUCGACAUGCAAAUGGCGACGAUGAUUUUGAGUACGAGGAAAUCAUAUUGGAGCGCGGUGGUGCGGGACUUGGAUUCAGUAUCGCUGGUGGGACUGACAAUCCUCAUAUUGGAAAUGACACAGCAAUUUAUAUUACAAAACUUAUAUCGGGUGGGGCAGCAUCGGCGGACGGACGUUUGCGGGUCAAUGACACAAUACUACAGGUGAAUGAUGUUACGGUCGUCGACGUACCACACGCGACGGCCGUUGAUGCACUCAAGAAAGCUGGUAAUACGGUUAAAUUGUACGUCCGGAGACGGAGAAAUUCCACAUCUCACCUGGUGGAAAUUGAACUUAUCAAGGGCAACAAGGGCCUGGGGUUCAGUAUCGCCGGGGGAAUUGGCAAUCAGCACAUACCCGGUGAUAAUGGAAUUUACGUGACAAAAAUCAUGGAGGGGGGAGCUGCACAGGUUGACGGUCGGCUCAUUGUCGGCGAUAAACUGGUGGCUGUGCGGAACGCCCUGGGGGAAAAAAAUCUGGAGAACGUGACGCACGAGGAGGCGGUGGCGACGCUGAAGGCCACCCAGGAUCGAGUGGUCCUUUUGGUGGCUAAACCGGAGGGGAUAAUACCACCCCCACCCCCUGCAUCGGAUCAUUCAUUGUCGCCACAACCCCGUAAACAAAAUGGUUCGGUAUCAGCCCUUGAGAAUUCCCUCGUCUACUCCCAGGAGUCACGUCACGCUUCAUCCCUCGCCCUUCAGGGUAAUCAAACCCCUAGAGCUGUAUCACAGGAGGACAUCUCCCGAGAAGUGCGCACAGUCUUGUUGAAUAAGGGAACAUCGGGGUUGGGAUUUAAUAUUGUUGGGGGUGAAGAUGGUGAGGGUAUUUUCAUCUCAUUUAUCCUAGCGGGUGGGCCCGCUGAUCUUAGCGGUGAGCUGAGGAGGGGCGAUCAGAUACUCAGUGUCAAUGGAAUUAAUCUCAGGACUGCAACACACGAGGAGGCAGCUGCAGCCCUUAAGGGGACCGGACAAACUGUCACAAUAGUCGUUCAGUACAAACCGGAGGACUACAACCGAUUCGAAGCGAAGAUUCACGAUCUCAAACAACAGAUAUCUCAACAGAAUAUGACAACAGGCACCCUCAUGAGGACCUCACAGAAAAAAUCACUCUACGUCAAGGCCCUCUUCGACUACGACCCUAACAAGGACGACGGUCUGCCGAGUCGUGGCCUGGCCUUCCGCUACGGCGAAAUCCUCCACGUGACAAAUGCGAGUGAUGACGAGUGGUGGCAAGCGAGAAGAGUCACACCCCAGGGGGAUGAAGAGGGGUUGGGUAUAAUUCCAUCGCGCAGGAGGUGGGAGAGAAAGCAAAGGGCUCGAGAUCGUUCUGUCAAGUUUCAAGGUCACAUGCCCGUUAUAUUGGACAAACAAUCGACAUUGGACAGAAAGAAGAAGAACUUCUCCUUCAGCCGUAAAUUUCCCUUCAUGAAAAGCAAAGACGACAAGUCCGAGGAUGGAUCCGACCAAGAACGGUCGCCCACCACACCCGAGAAUGAAAACGAUCCCACUCCGUUUAUGCUGUGUUAUACCCAGGAUGACACCAACACCGAAGGAAGUAAAGAAAUUUUAUAUCGCGUUGAACUACCCUAUAUGGAAGAACUCACCCUUGUUUAUCUGGAAAAGGACGACGAUGAUAAUGUUGAUGAACUCAGUAGCGAGGAGAAUGUCCUGUCGUACGAGCCAGUUCAGCAACUCACCAUUCAAUACACUCGCCCGGUGAUUAUUUUGGGCCCACUGAAGGAUCGCAUCAACGACGAUUUGAUAUCGGAAUUUCCGGAUAAAUUUGGCAGUUGUGUGCCACACACGACGAGAAGCAAAAGGGAAUACGAAGUCGACGGUCGUGAUUAUCACUUCGUCGCAUCCAGAGAACAAAUGGAACGAGACAUUCAGAAUCACUUGUUCAUCGAAGCUGGACAAUACAACGACAAUCUCUACGGCACCUCCGUAGCUUCAGUUCGUGAAGUCUCUGAAAAGGGUAAGCACUGCAUCCUCGACGUGAGUGGGAAUGCAAUCAAGAGGUUACAAGUGGCCCAAUUAUACCCAGUGGCCAUCUUCAUUAAGCCGAAGUCGGUGGAGUCCGUGAUGGAAAUGAACAAGAGGAUGACCGAGGAGCAGGCGAAGAAGACGUACGAACGUGCCCUGAAGAUGGAGCAGGAAUUCGGUGAAUAUUUCACUGCUGUCGUUCAGGGCGACACCCCAGAGGACAUUUACCUCAGAGUCAAGGAAGUCAUCAACGAGCAGUCUGGACCCACCAUCUGGGUGCCAUCACGUGAUCAGCAACUGUGACGUCCUGCCCCCCAUGGCCAGGCCAGUCCCAAUCCCUGGACACUACCCCCGAGGCGUAACGAGUAGAUCACAAGGGAAAUUUUCCAUAAAUUUCCAUAAAAUAAUACAAAAAAAAAUUAUGGAAAAAUAUUCAGCGAAUAUUUGGACAACUUUCGACAUUUUCCUGCGCCUUCAACCCCUUCCCACCCCCUCUACGGUAAUUAAUACCUAAUUAGCACAAUUAUUUGAUGGAGGCUCGUGUGCGAAUAUCUCUCGUCGCCUCAAGGAAAUUGAACGAAUGAUAAUCUCAAGAUAAUAAUAAUAAUGCGACACGUUAAGGUAAUUUACCCCUCGAUAUGAUGGACAUUUUAGGGGUUGAUUAUGUUGAAAAAUGGAUUUUCGAUGAAAUUAUUGACGUGCGAUAUUUUAAGAUGAUUUUUCAUCAUUUGUUUUAAUGAUUUAAGGGAUGAAAAGUGGGGAUUUCGAUGAUCUGAGGGCUUUGACGGGUGAAUUAUCGAUAAAUUAAGGGGAUGGAAAUUUUUUAAAUUGACAACAAUCGAUUUAUCGAUCGAUUCAUCAUUUGUUUAUCGUAAUCUGUCAGGUAAUUUAAUAAAAAAAAUGUAUUUAUUGUAUGGGAAACGAGUCGUUGGGAGAAAUGACAGGAAAAUAUUAAUGAUAAUUAACGUUUUUUCUUAAUUAAUCCGGACAAAACCCUCACAUCGAUAUCUGGGUAAUCGAUAAAUCGAUCGAAUUGUUUUCAGUCCAUUUUAAUUAUCGAAUAUAAACACAAAAAUGUAUUUUUAAUGUACUUAAAUGAGUGAAUUUUAAUUAACUUAUCCCUGUUAGCGAUGGAGAUGUCAUUAAUUUUCAAGUUAAUUAAGUUGAUGAUUAAAUAUUUUUAAUUUCAAUCGAAAGAGAAGUAAGAGAAUGAGGUCAAUGAAUGAAUAAACAUGAAUAUAUUAACUCGA